AUGGAUAUUCCGGUUAUAGUUGAUGCCCAAUUCUGCUCGCCCUCGGAAGUAAAACUCAUAGUUGCCGAGAAGGUUUUGGAAUACAACAAUGGUAACUUUGUCAUCACUGAUUCUAAGGGUCACUUUCUUUUCAAGCUGGAUCAGAAGAAGGUAUUUAUACAAGAACUGACAGUUUUGCGCGAUGAUGGUGACUGCCCUGUGCUCAGAAUUCACAAAAAGUGGAAUCUUAAAAAUCAGGAAGAUCUAUCAUUCACUGUCUACCUUGUGUACGAUGGAUACACCAGCUACACAAACAACCAAAAGUACAUAUGUGAAUCUUACUCUUGUCACCAGAAAGAACAUUCACUGCUUGAGACAAGAAUACGAGGGACGUGGCAGAAUUGA